GGAAAUGAUUGAGAAUUUGAAAUGUCCUUGCCCAGGUAGAAUAAAAAUGUAGUUUUCAAAUUCAUUCGCCGAAUCUUUACUUGCUUUAUAUUUUCAACUUUUAUAUCUAUUUCUAUAAAAAUCUGUGAAACCAAGGUUUUAAAAAUCCAAAAGAAGAGUUUAAAGUAUUGGGUAUCCCUUUUUUUUCUUUUCAAUCUAGAGCCGCCUCCAGAACCACCCGUGUCUUGCAAACACGGCUUUGAAGACGGGGCAAAGUAUAUCUUAGUGCUUAAGCUUAUACAGAAAACAAUGGAAAUAACAAAUAUUCACAUUUAUGCUAAUAAAAAAGUUUUUUUUUUUGUGGAUCAAGAGCGAACAAGGAUUACAUGCUUCAGGUGGACGAAAUCACGAAACUGCCUGUUUAUUGUAACAUGGAUGGCGCCGGUCUCGGCGACUGUGGAGGUGGAGGAUGGACGCUGGUCAUGAAGAUUAACGGCACAAAGGUAGUUUAAGAAAUCAAUUUCAUCCAGUGAUAACACUCACAUUGUCCUUGAACUGUCCUUGAAACUUUUCACGAUAACUUUUUCAUUAGUACAUGUUAGGUGCAAUGAUUAAGUUUCAUUCCAUGUCCGUUCUUGAUACGCAAUACAGUAAUUUAGCACCAUAUCAAAGUGUCUCUCUAGUAUGUAGCAACUAUCAAACCCGUAGCAUUGAUUUGGUUAUUAAGAUGGUGACAAUUGCAAAUAGGCCCAUCUUCUGUGCGAGCAAAAAAACUGGAGCAGCAACAUAAAUAUCUGUUACCGGAAUCAUUAACAAAAAUAUUUAUAGAAGCGUUCUCCCGCCAAAAAAAGUCUUAAGAAACUGUAAGCUGUCAGUCUACCAUCUCCGACGGAUAAAGAGAUGUGAUGACAUGAACAGUUAAAGAAAAGAUUUGAAUACAGAGAGUGAUACGUAUAAAUUAAAAAUAUCGUGAUGAACAUAUGACAAUAGUGACAUAAAAAAACACACUUAAAGUGUUGAAGUUAAUGUUUGUUCAAAAGGAUGAUGUUUUGUCCUGGGUGUGAGCAAUUAUCAAGAUCCUCUUACCUAUGACAAUAAUAAAUGUCUGCGUAUUUCAAAGGAUUGUUGGAAAAUACUGCUUAGCCGUCUGCAACGAAGCAGAUAGAAUAGGAUCAUUGUUGCUUAAUGUUGAAAGUGGGAAAGAUAAUCUCCAGUCUUAUAACAUUCAUCAGUUGGGUUACCUUGUGACAACUUUAUCAACAAAACUCUAAAAUUUUGAGUCGCGCAUUUCAUGAAGUGAUAGGGGAGACAUAAAAUUACUUUUUGUAACACCAUGAGGGCGACUUAAGAGUGCAACACGAUGCAAAAUUUAAGACCCUUUUAUAGAAUCGAUCCUCGCAGUUAUGAACACUUCUGAAUUAGUAGUUGAAAACAACAGGCCUGUAUGGGAUUUGAACCUAUGACCAGUGCAGCGCUCUUCCAACUGAGCUAGCAAGCUAACUGGGAGCUGGUCAUUGGAUCCAAAUAAACCUUCGAAGUGGUGAAAAAUGGCU